AAACAGGUUGAGAAUUUAACUUAAAAAAUAAAAAUAAAUAAAAAAACUUCCAUCCUUUUGCCGGCCAUAUUUUUUGUUCGGAAUUUAAUGAAGUGUCUGAAAGGAAAUUUCCGACGGUAACCUUUGACGUCUGAAAGGUAAAUAAACCAAACCAAACAGCGACAAACUGUCGUAAAUUACGCAAUAAUCCUUGUCUUUGGAUGGAUGUUACCGAGCCUUAAACUGCAAAGCUUCGUUUAAACCAAGCUUCAAUGUCUCUAUCCAAGUGCCAAAAAUUUUUUUUAGUUUAAUUGUACUCAAUUAUUUUUAAUAUAAAUAAGGAAAAAGAAAACUCAUCUCUUAUCGAUUUGUUUCAUUUCCAAGCAAAGAAAAAGAAAGACCUUGGACUUUUCAUUAAAGCUUUAUAAGAGAAGCAAAAAAACAAUUCAGGCUCCCAAAAGAAGCGCCAUUUUCAGGACCUUUCCUUUUGGAUACAAAUGGGUGAUCAUCUGGUUUUAUGUGUUGACCGUCUCAUAACACCUGAAAGUUUGCAAUCAAUGGAACAAGCUGAGGCUGUGGGAUCUUCUGGUGAAGGUUCUUCUCAAGGAGCUGAGCCUCAUUCUUGUGCUAUUGAUGUUAAGGAAAUGGAAGAACAUGGUUCAUGUGAUGAAGAAGAACCACUAAUCCAGACAGUUGAAUGCCGAAUCUGCCAGGAGGAGGACAGCAUUAAGAAUUUGGAGACACCUUGCGCAUGCAGUGGCAGUUUGAAGUUUGCCCACAGGAAAUGUGUUCAGCAUUGGUGCAAUGAGAAGGGAGAUAUAACUUGUGAGAUAUGUCAUCAGCCUUACCAACCUGGAUAUAUGGCACCGCCCCCUCCCCCUCAGUCAGAGGAUGCAACAAGUGUGCACAGUGAGGGUUGGACAAUCUCUGGUGCUCCUUUGGAUUUGCGUGAUCCUCGAAUUUUAGCGAUGGCAGCUGCAGAACGCCAUCUUUUGGAGGCAGAUUAUGAAGAAUAUGCUGAUUCCAAUGCUAGUGGAGCUGCAUUUUGCCGCUCUGCUGCCCUAAUUCUAAUAGCUCUUCUGCUCUUGAGGCAUGCUCUUUACCUAACGAAUGGAGAUGUGGAUGAUGAUGAUGCAUCUACUUUUUUCUCUCUUUUCCUGCGUCGUGCUGCUGGUUUUCUUCUCUCAUGUUACAUCAUGGUCUGGGCCAUCAGCAUAUUGCAGCGCCGAAGGCAGAGACAGGAAGCAGCAGCUCUUGCAGCAACUGAAGUUGCAUUUAUGAUACAGGCAGGGCAACGUCGGGGUGUACAGUUCACUAUAGCACCAGGACCUCCAGCGACUCCUCAUCAGGAGCCACUUCCAUAAUAUGACGGUACUUUUCUCUAGUAAGAGGCUAUGGCGGUGAAGAGGGUAGGUUACUAAUGAAAUUGCGGUUGUCUUGCUCGUUCUACUAUCAGUGAAAGAAAACAGGGAGGUUGUGUUCCUCGAGUUUGUUAUAUUGUACUUCUAGUUGUUUGAAGAUUUUUUUUCCUCAUUCGAAGUAAUCAAUUUCACCGUUUGUGUUUGUACAUAGAUAUCAUUUUCACUGCAUGAGGAACUUGUAUUCCUGGCGUUGUUAUCACUGAAAUUUAAUUCCAAACAUUCUUCGAUACUCCGAAAUUUCUGGUGAGGUUGAGGCCGACUCUUCACAUUUGAAACAACUUCAAUAACUCAAGCCAUUUUUGUUCUUAUUGUGAAUGGUUUUCCCUUUCUCGUAUAUACUCUGUUUUAUAUUUGCAUGUUUAACUUAUCCGAUCAUGUCAUAAGUCAUAAUACAAGAGGUUGUCCUUGAAUGUAUCAUGUUUAAGGAGGUGAAGUUGAUUGCUCUUGUCGGCAUUAGGAGUGUAAACUGUAAACGACUGAAGCUACUCUUGAGCCUGCACUCAUGAGCUAUACUGUAUAGCUAGAUUUGAAAAAAACUCGAGUUUGACUUGUUUAUUGUUGAACCGAGUUCAAGCUACUCAAGUAAAGAAUCAAGUUGAGUUCUAGUAUUUACUCAACUUGAGAGGUUUAUGAACUUCACUGAGGUUUUUAAUUUUUUGUAGAGAGGUUAUGAGUUUAAUGGAGGUUUUUUUUAAGUAA